AUGUCAUCUUCAAUUGGUAAGGAUGGUUCUGACGGUGGCCGUGAUCGCUCAUCUUCCCUGUCGACACUAUCCGCAGCACUCAUGUCAAGAAGGGCUUCAAACGUGUCAGCGGGAUCUCAGGACCCCUCUCAGCCCGCUACAACAAGUACCGGUCGGCUUGCACUGAGAAGAUUGUCCCGUCGCAUGUCUUUUCUGUCUAUGGUAGGAAAAUCGUUACAAGAAAAAACGAGACCGGAACCGAAAAUGAUCAUGAAGUUGGACAACACCUACAAGACGGAGCCCGAUCCGAACAAUAGGUUCAACCACUCGCGGGUGAAAACUAUGCUACGUAAUGUGUUGACUAGGGAGCUAGCAGAUGAAGUGUACGAUGCGAAGACGGCGUCUUUGAUGGCCACCAGAUUGUCUGACACCAUAAAACACAAGGUGAAGUUGAUGGACUUUCAACGUCACAAGGUGGUUGUUCACGUUAUGAUCACUUCGACCAGUGGACAGGGAAUCAAAGUGUCAAGUCUUCAACUCUGGGAUACAAAGACGGAUAACUUCGCCAGUGAGUCAUUCCAAAAUUCCUCUCUGAGUGCGAUUGCCAUUGUUUAUGCCGUGUACUAUGAAUAA